AUGCGGUGGUUUUCUUCUUUCUUGCUGCUGGUAGCAGCUGCCGUGGUGCAGGCAGUUAGCUCAAGUGGAAAUAAACUCUUGGUUGUGCUGGAGGAAUUGGCUGACAAGUCCAAAUAUUCGAGAUACUUGAGCAACCUUGAAGCCAGAGGUUUCUCAAUUGCCUAUGAAUCACCGAAGAGCGACAAAGUAUCUCUCUUUACUCUCGGCGAAAGAGCCUACGACCACCUACUACUUCUCCCCGCCAAAUCCAAAGGACUUGGACCACACUUAACUCCAAAGCUGAUGCUCGAUUUUAUCAAUGCUGGCGGAAACAUCCUCUUAACGCUCUCCCCCUCCAAUCCUACCCCAACUGCGAUUGUCUCACUCCUUCUCGAACUCGAUAUCCACCUCCCAGCGGACCGAUCCUCCAUUGUUAUAGAUCACUUCAACCACGAUACCAUUAGCGCAGGAGAGAAGCACGAUGUUGUUUUGGUCCCAAGACCAGAUGCUAUUCGGCCAGAUGUAAAGAACUUCUUCAGGGGAGAUGGCAAGGGUGGAGAGGCAAUUGCGUUCCCACGAGGUGUUGGACAGAGUCUUGGAAAUACUAGCCCUCUGUUGACGCCUCUACUCCGAGCACCACGCUCGGCAUAUGUAUACAAUGCACAAGAAGAUACCGAUUCUACUGAGGAUGCGUUCGCUGCAGGACAGCAAUUAUCUUUGAUCACCACAAUGCAAGCCAGAAACUCUGCUCGUUUUACUGUGGUUGGAUCUGCUGAGAUGCUCGAGGAUGCUUGGUUUGACGCAAAAGUCAAGCGCAGUGCUGGUAUGACCGGGGCUCCAGUCGGCAAGGAACUCAAGACCUCCAACCAAGCAUUUGCAACUGAGGUUACUGGGUGGACUUUCAAGGAGAUUGGAGUUUUGAAGACCGUUAAUAUCGAGCACCAUUUGAAUGAAGCUGUUUCCCAGAACAUUAGCAACCCAAAGAUUUAUAGAGUCAAGAACGAUGUGACAUACUCCAUCGAGCUCUCCGAGUACUCAUGGGAUAAGUGGGUUCCAUUCACUCCUCCUGCCGGAGAUUUUGUUCAGCUCGAAUUCUCUAUGCUUUCGCCAUUCCACCGUCUGCCAUUAAAGGCCGUUAAGACCACCUCGACGGGUACUGUCUAUACCACAAGCUUCAAACUCCCAGAUCAACAUGGUAUUUUCAACUUCAAGGUCAACUACAAGCGUCCAUUCUAUACCAAUGUGGAGGAGAAGAACACUGUAACAGUUCGCCAUUUUGCACACGAUGAAUGGCCAAGGAGUUGGGUUAUUACUGGUGCCUGGCCAUGGAUCGCGGGUAUCGGCGCCACCGUUACAGGAUGGGUAGCAUUUGUUGCACUAUGGUUGUGGAGUAAGCCAGUGCCAUUAAAGUUGAGCAAGAGUGGGAAAAAGCUACAGUGA